CCGCGCUCUCGCCUCCCCGCAGGCGGUGUUUCGGGUUCGGCCUCCGCUGCCGCAGGAGUGGAGCCGCUCUGCGUCCGCAGGGCAAAGUCGAGGGAACUAACCCGCCGUCUGAUGUAGCGAGUGUGCAGGAUGUCGGGUCCGGACCGUGCAGUCCCUAACGGAGUUCUUCGUGUCGAAUCCCGGAUCGCUUUCCCGUGACGUUUUAAAGAUGAAUGAAAAAAAAUUGGAAGCAACUUCACAGCAGCGGAAGUUUCCUGGAUGGAUGUCCAUGGAAAGUAAAAGAUAUGCUGCAGAAGGAGAAAAGGCAUCUGUUCAAAAGAGUGUUUUUGAAGAUGACCUCCCUUUCUUAGAAUUUACUGGAUCCAUUGUAUAUAGUUAUGAAGCUAGUGAUUGCUCUUUCCUGUCCGAAGAUAUUAGCCUCAGUCUGUCUGGUGGAGAUGUGGUAGGGUUCGACAUGGAGUGGCCUCCAGCCUUCAGCAGAGGGAGACGAACCCGAGUUGCUCUAAUUCAGCUGUGUGUGUCCGACAGCAAGUGUUACCUGUUCCACGUUUCGUGUAUGCCAGUUUUUCCCCAGGGAUUAAAGAUGUUACUUGAAAAUGAAGCAAUUAAAAAAGUUGGUGUAGGAAUUGAAGGAGAUCAGUGGAAACUUCUACGUGACUUUGACAUCAAAUUGAAGAGUUUCGUGGAGCUGACAGGUGUUGCCAAUAAAAAGCUGAGAUGUGCAGAGACCUGGAGCCUCAAUGGUCUGGUUAAGCACCUGCUGGGUAAACAGCUCCUGAAAGACAAGGCCGUCCGCUGCAGCAACUGGAGCCGGUUCCCUCUCAGCGCGGACCAGAAGCUGUACGCAGCCACCGAUGCCUACGCCAGUCUCAUCAUUUAUAGGAAAUUAGAAAGCUUGGGUGAUGUCUCUCAGAUGUUUGCUAAACAUAAAGAGGAGGAAGUCCUGCUUGGCGACUUGAAGAGACAGCUGGCCUCUGUCUCUGAGGAGGUGAUGGAUCUGGCUCAGCAUCUUCCUGGCGCUUUCCGGAAACUGGAAAAUCCACAGAGGGUUUCUGUAGUGUUGAAGAAUAUUUCAGAAAACGUGUCUUCACUGAGAACGAUGAUACUCGGUUCUCCUGACGCUGAAAGUGAGCUGAGGCCCAGCAGUAGCUCGAGCACCCGGUCGUCGUCGGGUUUCAGCGCUGGUGGAGCGCAGCAGAGGUGGGGCAGAGAGCAGGCGGUGUUCUCGCACGUAGAGGAGGAGACGUGGCCCGCAGCACCGGGCGACUCGGCUGAACACGGUGCAGAGGGUGCCCUGGGAGGGGGCGUGGGACGGCAAGGAGAUGGCUGUGCAGACGGAGUGGAGGACAGCAGGGCGGAAGAGCACGCGGCAGGCGUGUGCCCAUCGCCAGACACCACGGUACACGUGGUCCAGGCUUCGGAACCGCAGGCUCGUGAGGAAGCCCUGAGCGCUGCUGCCCGGCCGGCCGAGCAUUUAUCUCCCAACGUUAUUGAAAAAGAUACUACUUUUGAAAUUGAAAGUGAUGAAGAUUUAGAAAUGGAGAUGCUUAAGCAUUUAUCUCCCGAAGUUAUUGAAAAAGAUACUACUUUUGAAAUUGAAAGUGAUGAAGAUUUAGAAAUGGAGAUGCUUAAGCAUUUCUCUCCUGGAGAUAAUGAAAAAGAUACUACUUUUGAAAUCGAGAGUGAUGAAGAUUUAGAAAUGGAGAUGCUUAAGUCUUUAGAAGACCUGAACAGUGGCAAGGCAGAACCAUUUCAUUCUAAGUGCUUAAAAAUGGAAAGAAACCUGGGUCCUCCUGUGGAGCAUGACGAAGAUGAAAGUGCAGCUGUCACAGAGGAAGAGGAAGAUGACAAGGACCAUUCGUUGCCAGGACCCAGCGCUGAACAAAUUACUUGCCUCAAGACCUUCUUUGGCCAUUCCAGUUUUAAACUGGUUCAGUGGAAAGUGAUUCAUUCAGUGUUGGAGGAAAGAAGAGAUAAUGUUGUUGUCAUGGCAACUGGGUAUGGGAAGAGCCUGUGCUUCCAGUACCCACCUGUGUAUGAAGGCAGGCUCGGUGUCGUCAUCUCCCCUCUGAUCGCCUUGAUGGAGGACCAGGUGCUUCAGCUCGCGAUGUCCAACAUUCCGGCUUGUUUCCUUGGAUCAGCACAGUCACAAAAUGUUCUUGAAGAUAUUAAGUUAGGCAAGUACCGAAUCGUAUACAUGACUCCCGAAUUCUGCUCAGCUAACUUGGGCCUGCUGCAGUUACUCGAGACUGCCGUUGGUAUCACACUAAUUGCUGUGGAUGAGGCUCAUUGUAUUUCUGAAUGGGGGCAUGAUUUUAGAAAUUCGUUCAGGACUCUGGGCUCCCUGAAGACGAAACUUCCACUGGUCCCCGUCGUUGCACUCACGGCCACUGCAGGGACGCUGAUCCGGGAAGACAUUGUAAACUGCUUGAAACUGACAGACCCUCAGAUCACCUGCACCAGUUUUGAUCGACCAAACCUGUAUUUAGAAGUUGGACGGAAAACAGGGAAUAUCCUUCAGGAUCUAAAACAAUUUCUUGUCAAAAAGACAAGUUCUGACUGGGAAUUUGAAGGUCCAACAAUCAUCUACUGUCCUUCCAGAAGAGCGACAGAGCAAGUUACAGCCGAGCUCAGGAAACUGAACCUGUCCUGUGGAACGUACCAUGCAGGCAUGACAUGCGGCACGAGGAGGGCGACUCACCACAAGUUCAUGAGGGACGAAGUCCAGUGCAUCGUCGCCACCGUGGCUUUCGGAAUGGGCAUUAACAAGGCGGACGUCCGCAGGGUCAUUCACUAUGGCGCUCCCAAGGAAAUGGAGUCCUACUACCAGGAGAUCGGAAGAGCCGGCCGCGACGGACUCCCCAGCUCCUGUCAUGUUCUCUGGGCCCCGGCAGACAUGAACUUGAACAGGCACCGCCUUACCGAGAUAGCCAAUGAAAAGUUUCGCUCACACAAAUUAAAGAUGAUGGCAAAGAUGGAGAAGUACCUUCACUCCAGCAGGUGUAGACGGAGAAUCAUCUUGUCUCAUUUUGAAGACAAAGAGCUACGAAAAGCCUCCUUGGGCGUCACGGGGACUGAAAGGUGCUGCGACAACUGCAGGUCCAGGUUGGGCCGCUGCCCCUCUGUGGAGGACCCGGACGAUGCCCUCCAGGACUUUGGCCUGCAGGCAUUCCAGCUGCUGUCUGCUGUGGCCACCUUAGGCGAGAGGUUUGGAGUGAGGCUCCCGAUACUAUUCCUCCGAGGGUCUAGCUCUCGGCGUCUUCCGGAUGGAUAUCGCAGCCACGAGUUCUUUGGUGCCGGCAGGGACCGUGCGGAGAGCUGGUGGAAAUCUCUUUCCCGUCAGCUCAUAACUGAGGGAUUCUUGGUAGAAGUUCCAAGUUCCAGUAACAAAUUUGUGAAGAUCUGCACCCUCACAGAAAAAGGCAGAAAUUGGCUUCACAAGGCCAGUGCGCAGUCUCCUCAGCGGCUUCUCCUUCAUCCUCCCGGAAAGAGCGUCCUCCUGCCAAGCUCUAAGACUGCGUCCCCAGGCCCUGGGCAGCUCCUGAGUCACGUACCAGCAGAAGCGCCUGCGGAGAAGAAGCCUGACUUGAAGAUGUUUUCGUACAACACACUCGGAAAACUCUCACCUGGGAGCAGCUCCGCUAAGGGAAGUGGCAUGGUACUGUCAACAGGACAACCUUAUAGCUCCUCAGAACUUGUCCUGUCAGCACAAGAGCAAGAAAGUCAGGCCCUGUUAUACAGCAGACUGGUGGAAGCUAGGCAGAGACAGGCCAGCAAGAUGGAUGUGCCUCCAGCUGUCCUGGCCACGAACAAGGUCCUGCUGGACAUGGCCAGAGCCAGACCGACCACAGUCGAAGAGGUGAAGAGGGUUGACGGUGUUUCCGAGAGCAAAGCCUCCCUGCUGGCCCCGCUGCUGGACGUCAUCCAGCACUUCUGCCAGACAGACCUCCUUUCGUGUACAAAAGCUCAAGAGGAGCAGAAGACGUGUCUGGCCACGACGAAUGAAAAGUGUUCACUCUCACAGUCUGUGGCCAUCACCUACUCCUUGUUCCAGGAGAAGAAGAUGUCGUUGGAGAGCGUGGCGGACAGCAGGACAAUGCCCCUCGCGGCAGUUGGCAUGCACCUGUUCCGGGCUGCGAGGGCCGGCUACCCGCUGGAUGUGGAGCGUGCCGGCCUCACUGCCGAGGUCCAGAAGACUGUGGCUGCUGUCAUCCACCAGCCUCCCGUCAGCUCAGAUAUGAGUAAAGUGAUGCUCAUCAGGACGCUGGUCCCCAAGGACAUCGGCACCUACCUCAUCUACAUGGCCAUUGACAUCCUGCAGAAGGGGGGUGACAGCCGACUGCCACGCUGCCCUCCGCGGACUUCCAGCCCACAGGGAUGUCCCUCCCGCUCGGAGCAGAGCUGUCCAAGCGCCAGGAGCAGCAGGGGAGAGACUUCAUCUGGAACCUCAAAGAGAAAAUUACCUGAGUGGCUCACCAAAGGAGAUGAGAGUAUCCCUGGCCCCAGCAGGAAAUCAGCAGCCAAAACAGAAAAGAGAGGCCUUUUCAGUUAGGUAUGCAGUUGCCAGGACGGUCACUGUCCUGUGUGUGAGAGGAGAGCCAUUUUUCACUCCUGCAAGGCGGGGUCACGGUUCAGCCCAGGAAUUCUUCCGGCCUCGAAGUACAGUUGCCUGUUAUUGAAGAGCUGGUCCGUGAGCCGACACGGGUGCCGGACGCGGCGGCCGUGGGGUGGACUCUGGGGCGCUGUGGCGCUGCAGCAGCCCUGGCCUGCCCUGUGUGCUGCGUGUCUGCGAAGUGCAGUGCGCUGUGGUUUCAUCCGCACGGCAGAGCAGUGGUGCUCGCUCGAUAUCAGGCGUUCUCACAUUGCAGAGCGCCGUCUGUGAGUGGGAGAGCUCCCUGUUGCACAGACUGGUGUACUGUCUUCUGACGAAGCGCUUAGGCACGUUGC